AUUUAGUUUUGUUAUGAUUCAAUCAUAUAUUCAGAAAAUAAGAAUCAGUAAAAAUAAAUGUCAACCUUCGUAUUAUACUAUAGCAAAAAAAAACGUAUAUAUUGUUCUCUUAUAAAAUUAUAGUGUCAUCAUAAAAAAUGAAUGACAAGAGUUUAACGACUGCUUGAAUUAUUCAUAAUUACAGUGUUAAAGACAUAGAGGACAAUACGUUAGGUUGUUUAUGCGUGACUCCAUUAACCAGUAUGGAACACGUAUGUCCGAAAAUCCAUCGGUUGGUGGCAUGUUUCACAUGUGGUUCACAGACUUUACCGCCGUACCGAUUGUGUGUAAAGGCGCACGUGGGCUGUCCACCAUGCAUCAAGUACCUGUCGCGAUGCGCUUGCGGUUGCCAUUUUCUCAGAAGGUCGAAUACGACAUUUAACUGGUUGGUAUCCGCUAUGAAGUUACAGUGUAAGUAUCGGGUUAACUAUGUGGAUGACAAUCGACGUUUAUCUAUCCCGAGCCAAGUCGAUUGCACGAAUAAAUGGUUUUCCGUCCAAGAACUCCGAGACCACUACCUAACAAGCUGUGCGAAAAAUGUGUUUACCUGUCCCUUGCAAAACUGUGGUCACGUGGACCGCAUUGACACCAUAACUGACCACUACGAAACGGCUCAUGGCCCAUUGGAAUCGUUAAGCCCCAAUGACUACCACCAGGCGCCAAAUUGCGUUAUGUUCAAGUUGACGUCCAAGAAGCAAGCACAAAUCUUAAAAAAGAUUUUCAAUGGAUAUUUCAUGUUCAGCGUUAAGCCAUAUCGUCGCAAUUGUCGGGAUUCCAAUUUACUACUAUCCAUGCAAAAUAUCAAUCCUUCAGACGCAUUUCAGUACAUAUACACCGCAUCAAUGGAGUCACGCCAGAAUCCAAUUACGGUCACUGUUACAUUAGUGGAGGCUAAUAAUAGUACAAUAAGCACAUAAUAGGAUGCAGCAUUAUAGAAAUUUUAUGUAUAACUAGCUGUACCCGUCACGGCAUUGCUCGUGAAAAGAAUUGCAAGUCAAAUAUAUUUUUAAUUUAAAUUUUUAACAUAAUAA